UCCCAUCCUUAUAUCCCGACCUCAUAUCCCAACAUCAUAUCCCGUCCUUAUAUCCCGACCACAUAUCCCAUCCUCAUAUCCCAACCUCAUAUCCCGACCACAUAUCCCCACCUCAUCCCGUCCUUAUGUCCCAUUCUCAUCCCGUCCUCCUAUCCCAACCUCAUAUCCUGUCCUCAUAUCCCAUCCUCAUAUGCUGUCCUCAUAUCCCGUCCUUAUGUCCCAUCCUCAUAUCCUGUCCUUAGGUGGGACUGAUUUGUGAUGAAGAUAUUGUAAGCUGAAAAUAGAAGGGGACGUGGCUUUGGGGGACUGAACCGGAUUUUCAAGCCAGACUGAUGCACAGAAAGGGUAGAUAAAAGAGGUGGAGCUUAAACAGUGGGCAUAUCUCUGAGAUGGGGUGUGGCUUGCAAGCUGGACUGACACAUUCAUUAGGAGAUGCAGAUGUGGAGUAAGCAGUGAGGUGUGGGAUGAAGAUGUGACUGAAUGGUGGGGAGAAUGGAGCUCGUGGUCCACCUGCUCCCGAACCUGCGGAGGGGGAGUGAUGACUCGAGAGAGGCACUGCCUGCGUCAGAGACUCCAGACUAUAGCCGGACUGGAUAACACAGUGUGCGGCGGACAGGCCCGGCAGUAUCAGCUCUGUCAGGAACAGUUUUGCCCUGCAGUAUCUGCGAGCUUCAAGCAGUAUCAGUGCUCUGCAUUUAAUGCCAAGGCUUUCGGGAAACUGUAUCACCGCUGGAUACCGCUAUAUCCAGACGACUACACCAGCAUAUCCAGCAAGCCUUGUGAUCUUCAGUGCACCAGCACCACCAGGGAGCGCCAACUACUGGUACCGGCCCACGACGGCACAAGCUGUAGAGACAGGACCUAUCAGGGAGUUUGUAUCAGCGGCAAAUGUGAGCCGGUAGGAUGUGACGGGAAGCUGUACUCAUCCAGGUCACUGGACCGAUGUGGUGUUUGCGGGGGCGAUGGCAGUGCCUGCUAUAGGGUGUCCGGGAACUUCAGGAAAUCCUUCUUGGGUUACGCUCUCAUCACGACUAUUCCUGCCGGAUCCUUCGACAUUCUUAUCACAGAGAAGAGGAAUACUGAGAAUAUUCUGGCUCUUGCGGACUCUGCUGGGAAUUUCUACAUCAACGGGAACAUGAUGAUGGAUAAUCCUCAGAACUUUCGGGUCGCAGGGACCUUGGUGAAGUAUCGACGACCCCCGAAUGUCCACAGUGAGGGACUGGAGUAUCUGACUACACCGGGGCCGACCAACCAGUCCCUCAGCGUCAUGUAUUAUAACUUCAAUGGGAAGAUUCCACACAUUACGUAUGAGUACACGGCCCCUCGGGCCCCAGAGGCUCCAGAAUCAAUACAACCUCUUCCUCAAGCUCCAAGCAAGGUACAAAGUGGAGGCGCGAGCAAAUCCGAUAGCAGCCUGCCCGGGUCUCCUGACACCUAUAACUGGGGGAACCCCGAGGAUACGGACAGAGCUUAUGGACAUGGAGAAGGGACUCCAAAAGAACAGGAGAUAUUGGAAGAUCAGACAGACGGCCUCCAGCCCAGCACUGAGGCUCCGCGGGGAUUCCUGUCGAGUGAGUUAUGGAGACUGUGUGAUCAGCACAGCCACCCCGCUCUCUGCCAAUCUCUCUUGGGUGGCGGUCCUGGGGGUCCGACCCUCGCAGAGUCCACGCAGGAAGCAGAACAUCUCCGGGACGCUCUGAUGCUGACAGCUGCUUAUGAACAUCUUGGAUCGCUUUCGCUCACAGAGGCAUUCCAGGCUCCCGGCUUCAGCAGUGAGCUGAUCACCAGUCAUGACAUCAGUCGCGCCGACAUGUAUCGCUGGAAGGUUUCCGCCUAUUCACCGUGCAGCUCCACCUGCAGCUCAGGUCUAAGUUCAGCCUUCGCUUUGUGCAUUCGUUAUGACGGGAGGGAAGUGGAUGAGUCGCACUGCGAUCCAUCCACCAAGCCAGAACCUACUCAGGAAUUCUGCACGGGACGGGAGUGUAUGCCAAGAUGGGAGUCCAGUGGUUGGAGCGAGUGCUCAAAGAGCUGCGGUCAAGGAGUCCAGGUUCGCUCUGUGCGCUGCUGGAAGAUGCUCGCUCCAGGGCUGGACAGUUCUGUAUAUGAUGAACAAUGUGAGAGUGCCCAGCUUCCCAAACCACCACAGAAGAAAGUGUGUAAGAAUAAGCCAUGUGGCCCUCAGUGGGAGUUCUCAGACUGGUCGGAGUGCUCUGCAGCCUGCGGGACAGAGAGAGUGAUGACGAGGGAAGUGAAAUGCUCUGCAGAGUCCAGUCAGUGCGAUGAGAGUAUAAAGCCUCCAAGUGAGAAGCCAUGUCUGGGCCCACCCUGCGACCAUCAUUGGACCACCACCGAAUGGGGGCCGUGCACUAAGACGUGUGGGUCUGGACACCAGCUGAGAGACGUGAAGUGUUAUCAGGGGGACGAGCUGAGCCAGGGAUGUGAUCUGUCCACGAAACCAGAGAGCAGACAGGUCUGCAACACCGGCCCGUGCCCCACCGACGCCCCCGAUGAGAACUGUGAAGACAAGACGACUGCGAACUGUUCCUUGGUGCUGAAGCUGAAGCUGUGCUCGCACUGGUACUACCAGAAGGCCUGCUGCCGGGCCUGCGGGGGGAAAGCCUCCUGACCGCGGCUUCAUCAGGAGUUCCACCCUUAGAUUUGUGAAUUUUGUACAUUACGGGUGAUGCCAGGUGCUUCUAUGGUGAUAACCCUGCCGACCACCCUUCCGGAGGUGAAUUAGAUGGAUGCACAAGGUGUGUUCGGCAGAAGUUAUUUUUAUUAUUAUUUUUUUUACCUCUUCAUUUUAACAGAAUUUUCUAGUGCUCGGUCAUCGACCUGUGAAUAAGAUGACUCUAUUGCACUAGAUCUGUAUAUGGCCACCUCUCUGUGCGCCGGGCUGAAGCUCCGGAGUCCAUAGGUGCUAUCUUAUAGGAAUCAUGGGACGUUUACAUUGGUUGUUUUUAUUGCGUAUUACUGUGGGCAUUAUAGGCUAUAAUGGGCACAUAGACAUCCUUCAUUCCUAGCCCAGUCCUGAAAACUCCUUAAUCCAUUCGAAUCUGUUCUAUUCUUUCAUGGGUUUUUGGAUGGAUACAGAUACGUAGAAAUGACUAGGCCUAAACCUAAACAAUAAUAUAUAUAUAAAGGAGUUUUCCAAAGAUGACAACGUAUCGGGGCCUGACCACUAGGACUCCCCAUUGAUGGUGGGAACAGGUGUUGGAUGGAGCGCUAGUUGAGUCAGACUGACUGAUGAAGACAUCCGAGUGGUGACCCUAGUUUUUGUGAUCGAUGGACCUCCCAGUGGUCCCCCCCCUCCCCACCAAUCAGACACCGAUCACCUAUCCUGUGGCCGGGGAUAAAGUAUCAUCACAUGACCAACUCCUCAGCAUCAUGUCAGAUGGGGGUCGUAUGCAGGUGGAGUGCCUAGACAUCUGUCCAGAGGCGGAAUGUAUGAUGAGAACCAAGUCCUCGGGCUCCUCCACCCACUGUAUGGCCCAUGGCAGAAUCUUGUUUUGUAUUCUUGAGACAAUGGCUCCUGCUAUAAUGUCAAUGGCUGUAAGAGAUGUAUUUUAUUAUUCUAAUAAAAGAA